AUGUCUCUACUCACCAAUUAUGAGGGGCUUCGGCACCAGAUCGAGAGGCUGGUGAGGGAGAACCAGGAGCUCAAGAAGCUGGUGCAGCUCAUUCGGGAGAACCACGAGCUCAAGUCGGCCAUCAAGACCCAAGCAGGCGGCCUGGGCAUCAGCGGGUUCAGCUCGGGGCUCGGCGAGGCGGCGGCCAGCCCCCCUCAACGCCGGGGAAACUGUGUGUUCCUGCCCCCGUCCCCGGCAGCAGCAAACGAGCCUCUCCUGGAUGAAGUGGGGAUCAUGACUCUGGCGCCCCUGGCCGACAUGCUAAACAGCCCGCAGCCCAGCGCCACGGCACGCCCAGCCGCAAACCCCCUGACCGGCCCCCUCAGCCCCCUGCUGCCUGGCCCGGGCUCUCUGUCACAGAGCGGCAUGCUCACCAGCCUCCUGACCGGCCCCAUGGCGGUGUCUCCGGGGGGCACGCUGACCAGCUCCCUGGGCCUGCCCUCAACUGGCCCCCUGACUCCGAGCAGUGCCCUGAUGGCUCCAAUGACAGGCGCAGUGGCCGUCUCUCUGAGCAGCCCCCUCCUCACCUCCGCAGCCGCCCCUCUAGGUGUCUCUCAGAACCUUCUGGCCAACCCCAUGGGCAAUCUGGUGCUGUCAGAUCCACUCCGGGGGUACCCUUCCGGACCCCAUCCCUCGGCUGGAGCAGGGCCUGUAGCCACCCCGAAAGUCCCAAUCUCCACUGAGCAUCCCCAGCCGACCCAGGACCUGGAGCCCUUCAGCAUGACGUUUGUGGGUUCACCCAUCCAGGCCUCCACCCCUAUCGGGACCAGGGGCACGCCUGACCCCAUGACCACCUUCUCCUAUAGCAGCUCAGAUGCCCAGACCCAGCCCAGUGCCCCUCAGGGACAAGCGGUUCCUGCAUCUGUCCCCACUACCCCAACCACCUCUCCAACCGCCACAGUCCUCGUCCCUAUCCCUACUCCCGCACCCCAACCUACCACCAACUACACUCCCUCGAGCACCACCCACAUUGUCCAGUGCCCCCCCCCGUCUCCCACCCGGGCACACCACCCUCCCACCCAGCCCUUGCCCACCCCCCCCUCCCCUCCACGAAACCCCCACUCCCCGCCCCGAACCUCGUCCUCCCCGGCUACAGUCAACAACGCCCGGGGUCCACGUGGCAUGGAGACAUCUCGGAAAAGCAUCCUAGAGCUGGAACGGAAGACGGCCCAUCGAAAGGCCAGCAAGUUCCCUGACAGCCCCCGAGAAUCAAAGCAGCUAGCCUGGGAGAGGCUGGUGGGGGAGAUCGCCUUCCAGCUGGACCGCAGGAUCCUGUCCAGCAUCUUCCCGGAGCGUGUACGGCUCUACGGCUUCACGGUCUCCAACAUUCCAGAGAAGAUCAUCCAGGCUUCCUUGAACCCCAGUGACCACAAGCUGGACGAGGAGCUGUGCCAGACCCUCACACAGCGGUACGUGAGCAUCAUGAACCGGCUCCAGAGCCUGGGCUACAACGGGCGGGUGCACCCGGCGCUGACGGAGCAGCUGGUGAAUGCCUACGGCAUCCUGCGCGAGAGGCCGGAGUCGGCGGCCUCGGAGGGCGGCUCCUACAGCAUGGACUUCCUGCAGCGCGUGCUGGUGGAGACCGUGCACCCCAGCAUGCUCAGCGACGCGCUGCUGCUGCUCUCCUGCCUCAGCCAGCUGGCGCACGACGACGGCAAGCCCAUGUUCAUCUGGUGACACUGGCCCGCGCCCACCCAGGUUCACCAUGCCCCGCACCCUAGUGCAAAGCCAUUAAAGCUUCCCACAGACGCUAGAACUUGGGGA